AUGGUAGUCCUUGCUAAUUCAGAUGACAGGUUAACACUUCAUCAUUCUAUGAUUUUCCGUCUUGAAUGGUUAGAUUUCAAGGCUGUCCAUGACGAGGUACAGCAGGAUCCAACUUUACAGGCAAUCAUUUCGGCUUUACAAAAGAGGGAAACCACAAGACCUGGGUUGGAGUUACCUCCUACAUCUCAUAUACAUCCUAUUUUCCAUGUUUCCUUGCUUAAGAAAGCGGUUGGUGAUGCUGUUGUUAAUCCAACUCUUCCCGCUAGUUUAGAGGUUAAUGAAGAUCCCAUGUGGGAACCAGAGACAUCUUUAGAUUAA